AGCACGCGUCUGGACAGGACGGGACAGAGCGGUGCUGUGAGGAGUCUCCUCGCAGCCAACUCGUUCGUCGCUGAUCAGAAGCAAUUCCGAGAGUUCUCUUUGCAGAGAGUUCCCUCGAGGCCAGACCACAGGAGUUGGUGACCCGGAGGUUUUUCCGAGGCAACCGCACUCCGUGUGGGAGUGGCCCUCGAGGCCAGGCCACAGGCCUUGGUGACCCGGAGCUUUUCUGGGCAUCACCAGUGCCUGUGGAAGGUGCCCUUGAGGCCAGCCCACGGGACUUGGUCACCUGCAGUCCCUGUGGAAGGUGCCCUUGAGGCCGUUUGGUAAGAUUUGUCUUCCAGGGUCUUUUCCAAGGCGUCUCUCGUGUGAGUUCCCUUGAGGCCAGAGUGUGGGAUGGCGGGGAGACGCUUCAGCCUCUUCAGGCUGCUGAGGAGGAAGAAGACCAGGAGAGGCCCUGGGGUUGCCCCAGCACAGCAACCUGAGGAGCCCCUGCAGCAGGAGCCAGGCCCGGAGCGGACAGAGCAGCAGGACCGUCCCCGUGGCCGCUUCCGCAGAGCAGUUCAGAGGCUGCUGAAAAUCAUGGGCAUUCGGCGCAGAACACCCAGGACCACCCCAGCUGAGCUCAUGGCAGAGCCUGACACCAGGCCAGCUGAGCUCAAGGAGAGGCCUGAAGGCAGCACCGCGCCCAUUGACCUGACGGCAACCUCUGACAGCGCUGUGACCGAGGACACGGCCAACCCUGACACUCCACUGGCCGAUGUCCCUGCCAAGGCUGACACGGAACUGACUCGUUCCACAGCAGAGCCUGACACCGCUUUGGCUGAUGAGAGAACCAGCUGUGACACCGCAGCGACUGAUGUCAUGGCCAAGGCUGACAUCGCAGCGAUGCCAACUGAUGGCACAUCAAGCUCUGCUGAGGCACCGGUGGAUGGCACAGCAAACCCUGGGACUGCCUUGACUUAUUUGACUGAAACAACAAGUGAUCUCAAGGCAGAGGCUGCCACCAUGACUGAAGACAUGGGAAAUGCUGACACCAAGCCCGCAGAGAGUGUGACUGAGGCUCCCAACCUGCCCUUUCUGGAGGGAGAUGGUGUUUUCAAUUUGCAGCACGUGCCGGCCAUCGUUUGGAACAUCCACCAUGACCUCACGUUCAACGUCACUCUGCAAAAACAAAUGCACAGGCUCGCUGAGGCAAACCCACGUGACGUGGUGAUGAGUCUGCUGCGCUGUGCCCCAGAGUGUGACAGAGCCUCUGCCAUGAUGUGGAAGAGCAUUGCCUCCUCGGGAACAGCAGUGGAGAAGGUGCUGCCGACACUGCUGAAUGUGAUGGAGGAUUGGCCAGUGCACAGUGUGUCUACCUCCGACGGUGAUCAGAGAGACGUGUUUGCCCUGGCUGCAACCAUGGCACUGUGGCUGAUCCUGCAGGAGCCCAAGUGCCAGGAUGCAGUGCAGAAUUCUGUCCCCCGCCUGCUCGUGGCUCUGCUCUUCCAAGUGUCCUUGAGCACAGAGCAGGUGCCAGAGGAGGUGAACACGUUCUGGAGGAGAUGCCGGAAGCGACACCGCCUUCCCAGUGACCCCAACAGGUUUCUGGUACAGACCAUCGAGGCCCUGCUGUACCGCCUGCAGUGGGAGGAUAUUUUGAUGGCAAGGCGGCGCAGGCUUGCCUGGGACCCACUGGUUAAUUCUGACCCCCACCACUCUGCAGUGGGUCUGCAUGUCAGGGAGAUGCGCCGCCAGUUGACCCCCUCCCAUUCUCCACUGGCAAUCCACCUGCUUGGGAUGCUCAGCAGUGUGGACCCCCGUUGGGAGCUGCCUGCCCUGGAGUUCCUUGUGGAGGUUCUGGACUAUCUGGACGGGAGAGAAUGUCACGGCAGUGUCCAGCAGAUCCUGUCGAGGCACCUGCAGAGCGAGUGCCCAGAGAGACGUCGCCUGGCUCUGAGAGGCCGCAUGGUGCUGUGGAUGGAUCUGUCAAUG